CGUUACUCUGGCAACGUUUGGGGUUCCUUCGGCUUUAGCCAUUCAGCUAGCUUGUCAACUUUGUUAGUUUAAACUAUCAAAUGUAAUGCCUAAAAUAAGCUCAGACACGCUAUGGGAGCUGGCUGCGGCGGAGGUCCGCAGUCGGGAGACUGAAGGUGGGGAGGAGGACGGAGGGGAGACGGUCAGCGAGAGGAGCGUGUUUCUGAUGGGGAGCAAGGCCGGGGGUAAGACGUCCAUUCUCCUCAGAUGCCUCGACAGGGAUGAACCAUCCAAGCCAACUCUGGCACUGGAGUACACUUUCGGCAGACGGGCUCGGGGACACAACACACCCAAAGACAUAGCCCAUCUAUGGGAGCUGGGAGGAGGAACGUCUCUGUCAGACCUGGUCCAGAUCCCCAUCACUCCUGUCAGCAUCAGGUCUCUCUCUGUCAUCCUCAUUAUGGACCUGUCUAAACCCAACGCCCUGUGGGGAACCAUGGAGAAGCUGCUGCAGGCAGCACAAUCUCAGUUGGAAAAAGUCUCUUCCAAGGCACAACAAGCACAGAAGGCCAGACCUGGAGCCAAACACCAGACGCCUGUCCACUCAGCAGCACGCGUCUUACCUAAAGACUAUCCUGACAGAGAGUUGAUCAGUCCCUUCCCUGUUCCUCUGCUCAUCAUUGGCAGCAAAUAUGACAUCUUUCAGGAAUUAGACUCUGACAAGAGGAAAGUGGUUUGUAAAACACUGCGUUUUGUUGCCCACUACUAUGCAGCCUCUCUUAUUUUCACUAGCAUCAAGUCAGAGACCCUAAUGUCAAAAACCAAGAGCUUCUUCUCCCACCUGGCUUUUGGUCUGGACAGAGGUAAAACAAUGUCCUGUGACUCCACCAAGCCUCUCAUCAUUCCAGCAGGCUCUGACUCCUUCAGCCAAAUAGGUUCCCCUCCUACUACUGAUGUGGACAUUACUUCUCUGCACGCCAAAAACCCCAAAGACCUCUGGAAGAAAGUCUACGAGCGUGUCUUCCCCCAAGAGAGUACCAGUGAGCAGAGGGAACUAAAGGAUCCAGCCAAAGACCCACAGUACAGUGAGCCUCAGAUUGAUGCCAUGAGAGCCCAGAAAGACCAGGAGUUGGAUCAGUAUAAGAGGAAUGCAGCGAAGUCCUGGAAAGGUCUGGAGCUGGAGACAUGAGCGAUAAUCAACUUUAUGGUCACACACACACACACAAUAUAGAAAAGUAUCUGAAAGGUGAGGUGCUGAUCACUGGAAGCAGGAAAAAAGUGUUGCACACUCUAUAUGCAUUUCUCUUUUAUUCAGAUGUUGAUGUUUCAGUCUUCUGGCCUUCUUAUGUUUAAAGUUCUGAUUCACACACACAUACAGCACAUAGUUAUGUAAAUACAGACAAACAUUUUGCUUUAUUUAUUUCCUUUUAUGUCAUUUUUUUUACUACUUGGUAAUUCAUACAAUUUGUAUAAUUAGAUAUUCUUCUCUAUCUAUUUGUAUGUAAUAAAGUUUGUUCUAACAAAAAUAAACAAAUUAUUUUAUCA